AUGGCGUUGGCCAGCAACCAACACCUCGAGCUCUUACAGCGGAAACUGGCGUCGCUCAGCACCACCGACCUAUGUACGGCGGCGGCGAUCGUGACGGCGGCAACGGUGUGGACGCUCAAGGACAAAAUCUGGGAAGGCAAGAAGGAAGAAAAGCAGUCGCGGUACGGGUACCGCAAGAAGAUCGGGCAAGGCAACACGCGCGACCUGGUGCAGAGCAUCGCCAACGAGGACAAGAACCUGAUCGUGCUGUACGGGUCGCAGUCCGGCGUGGCCGAGGACCUGGCGGCGCGGCUGGCGCGCGAAGGCAGCUCGCGGUUCGGGCUCAAGACCAUGGCGGUCAGUCUGGAAGACUACGACUACGACAACCUCAACGAGUUCCCGCGCCACGCGGUCGCCAUCUUCGUCAUGGCCACGUUCGGCGAAGGCGAGCCGACGGACAACGCGCAGGACUUUUACAACUUCAUCACGGCCGACGACGUGACGUUCCGCGACGGCAGCACCGCUUCCACCUCCCCUUCGCCGCUCAGCAGUCUGCACUUUGUGUCGUUUGGCCUGGGCAACAGCACGUACGAGCAUUUCAACGCCGUGUCGAAGAAGAUCGACGCCACGCUCGCCCGGCUCGGCGCGCAGCGCGUGGCCCCGACGGGCCGCGGCGACGACGGCGAAAAGACCACGGAGGAGGACUUUUUGGCGUGGAAACAGCCCAUGUGGACGGCGCUGGCCAAGCAUCUCGGCGUGCAGGAGCGCGAGGUCGUGUACGAGCCGACGUUUGCCAUCAUCGAACGCGAUGACCUGACCAAGACGCUGAACAAGACGUCGUCGGGCGACAGUAGCACGGGGACGAUGGCCGUGGCGGCGGUAGCAGGAACGGGGGCGGCGGCAGCGGCAGCGGCAGCGACGGGAGCAAACAAGGUCUUCCUCGGCGAGCCCAACCUGCUCAGUCUGCAGGGGCAGGCGCGCGGGCCGUACAACGCACACAACCCGUACGUGGCGCCGGUGACAUCGUCGCGGCAGCUGUUUCGGGCUCAAGGCCGCAACUGUCUACACCUGGAGAUCGACCUGGCCGGAUCCGGGCUGCGGUACGAGGCGGGCGACCACGUGUCGGUGUUCCCCGUCAACUCGGGCCGCGAGGUCGACCGGUUCCUCCGGGUGUUUGGGCUGGCGGGCAAGCGCGACACCGUGGUCGACGUCAAGCCGAUCGAGCGCACAGCCAAGGUGUCGUUCCCCGUGCCCACCACCUACGACACCAUCGCCCGCUACCGGCUGGAGAUCGGGGCGCCCGUGUCGCGCCAGCUGCUGCAGCAGCUCGUGGCGUACGCGCCCUCGCCGGCCGCGCGCGCAAACCUCACCAAACUGGCCGCCGACAAGGACCUCUUCCACCACUCCGUCACCGAGCGCCGCAUGAACAUCGCCCAGGUGCUGGAACUGGCGUCAAACGACAAACCCUGGGCUGACGUGCCCUUCACCAUGCUGAUCGAGUCCCUGAUCGCCCUGCAGCCGCGCCACUACUCCAUCUCGUCGUCGCCCGCCCUCAACAAGGACCGCCUGACUAUCACCACAAAGGUCGAAACCCAUGCCAUCGCCGACACCGGCUUCGACUUCAAGGGCGUCGCGACAAACUACCUGCUGGCCCUGCAGCAGGCCCAGAACCUGAACAACGUGCGCGACAGCCACAAGGACAACUAUGCCUCCACCUAUGCCAUCCACGGCCCGCGCAACCGUUACCAGGGCCUACGUCUGCCUGUGUGCAUCCGGCCCUCGACCUUUCGUCUGCCCCGCGACCCGGCCGUUCCUGUCAUCAUGAUCGGCCCGGGCACCGGCGUCGCGCCGUUCCGUGGCUUCGUGCAGGAACGCAUCGCCCAGAAGAAAGCCGGGAGAUCGGUCGGCUUGACUUUCUUGUUUUAUGGCUGUCGGAGCAAGGCUGACGACUAUAUCUACGAAGAGGUGUGGAAGGAAUCCGAACAAACCCUCGGCCCCAACUUCAAAAUGAUCACGGCCUUCUCUCGCGCCGUGCCCGGCCAAAAGACAUACGUGCAAGACAAGCUGCGCGAGCACGCGGCCCAAGUCACCGCCCAGCUGGUCAACCACGGCGCCUACCUGUACGUCUGUGGAGACGUGGCCAUGGCCAAAGACGUCAAUGUCGUGCUCGAGCACAUUGUGGCCGACAAGUUGAAGCUGUCGCUGCCUGAUGCGGUCGCCUGGGUCAAGCAGCUCCGCACGACGAAUAGAUAUCAAGAAGAUGCGUGGUCUUGA